AUGUUUACAAGGAAUAAUUGGAUUAGAGGGAGCAGGGCUGGAGUAACGGCUGCGAGGCUACCAGCGUAUAGACCAGUGAAUAUUACCACCCGCCUCCAAUCAUCAACCAAAGCAAACGAGCAGCUGUUCCAUCGAUACUUUGUCAAACCAGCCAAAUACGCGGCAUACGGCUGUGGAUCUAUAGUAUUCGGCAUUUCGGCAUUUGUUGCUAUCAUUUUCGCGCACGAUGCCAUGACCUACGAAGGCUCGUACAUCGACAGAGUAAACGCCAACCCAAUCUCAAUGGCCCCACAGACAGGUGGAAAGAAGAAUCUGCCGAUAACCCAAAUUUUCAUGGACGAUGAGGAGGAUCCAGAGGCUCAGGCUAUCUCUGAGAAGCCCCACCUCGUUAUCAUCGGGAAUGGAUGGGGUGGUAUUGGUGUUUUAAAGGAAUUGGAGCACGGGGAUUACAAAGUUACAGUGAUUAGUCCCGCCAAUCACACACUCUUCACUCCACUUCUCCCCUCUGCCGCUGUCGGUACCGUUGAGAUCAGAUCCCUGGUUGAAUCUCUGCGUAAACUCGUGGCACGCGUCAGAGGCCAUUACAUUUCAGGCGCAGCUGCUGAUAUCGAUUUGAGCAACCGUCUAAUUGAAGUUCACUCUAAGCGUCCAGAUGGCUCCGUCGACCAGUUCUACGUCCCUUACGAUAAAGUCGUCAUAGCUGUCGGUGCCAACACCGCAAGCCACGGCGUGCCUGGUCUCGAGCACUGCUUCCAACUCAAGACAGUUGGUGAUGUUCUGCGAAUUAGACGUUCCAUCAUGCAGAAUCUCGAGGCUGCUGCUCUGCCUACCACUUCAGACCAGGAACGCAAACGUCUCCUCAGCUUCGUCAUCUGCGGUGGUGGUCCGACGGGCAUAGAAAUGGCUGCGGAGAUCUUUGAUGUCCUUAAUGAGGAAGUCGGUAAGUACUUCCCCAAGCUUUUGCGCAAGGAGAUUAGCGUCCACGUUAUCCAAUCGCGCGACCACAUUCUCAACACGUUCUCAGAGAAGAUCUCUGAAUAUGCCGAGAAGAAAUUUGCCAAGGAUGAAAUUAACGUCGUGCUCAAUGCGCGCGUCAGUCGCGUCGAGAAGGACAAGAUACUCUACACGCUCAAGACUGAGAAGGGCGACAAAACCGAGCACGUAAUCCCAGCCGGGUUUAUGUUGUGGUCAACGGGAUUAGGCAUGAACCCAUUCGCUAAGCGCGUCUGUGAGCAGCUCCCUAACCAGUUCCACAGCAAGGCUAUCAUCGUUGACUCGCACAUGCGCGUUAAAGGCGCGCCUCAGGGCACUGUUUAUGCUAUAGGUGACAAUGCAACCGUCGAUAACAACCUCCUCGACGCUCUUCUCGACCUCGUCGACGACUGCGAUAGAGACCAAGACGGCCGCAUCGAUUUCGAGGAGUUUGAGAUAAUGUCACAGAAACUCCGCCACAGGUUCCCGCUGGCCAAGUCGCACUUGCAGAAGAUUAAAAACAUAUUCCAGCGCUACGACAAAGAUAAGGACAACGUGCUCGAUUUGAAUGAAUUAGCCAGUCUAUUUUCGGAGAUUUCAUCCAAGAUCGUUUCCUUGCCUGCCACCGCACAGGUAGCGUCGCAGGAGGGCAAGUAUCUCGGCAAGAAGCUAUCCAAGCUGGCGUCGGCGAGAGAGAGACUUUCUGGCACAGAGAUUGUCAACCAGGCUGGAGAUUUGGAUGACGAGAUCGUCUCGGUGCCUUUCAGCUACCGCCAUCUUGGCAGCUUGGCCUAUAUCGGUAACUCGGCCGUCUUUGACUUUGGUUCACCAGAGCUGUCGUUCGCAGGCGGUCUAAUUAGUCUCUAUCUCUGGAGAUCUAUCUAUUGGUCGGAGCAGGUGUCGAAUCGUACUCGCGCUCUCGUCAUGAUCGACUGGAUCAAGAGGGGUAUAUGGGGCAGAGACCUGUCUAAGGAUCGUAAAAAGGUUCAAUGA